AUGGUGUUACGAGAAUCUCGCGUUGACCUACGUGCCCGUUUCUCGCCCGAUAUACAAGAAGAACUGGCACUAGUACGAGAUUGGGCACCUUUAGUAUGGCUUGCGCCUGGAGAACGAUUCUUACCGCUCGGUGUAACCGAAUUCCUCGAUAACGUACAAUCGGAUCAGUAUUACCUUCGCACUAAAAUAGACGUAGAAUCCUUAUUACAAAAUCGAUCGUCCUUCUUGUAUGGUCGAAAGCCCGCUGGAACUGUGCCCAUCUAUGCUCUCGUGAAAAAUUGCAUUUCCAAAGACAUGCGGCUACGUGCGGCAAAAAAUACGCCGAUGCUGAAGACGUCCAUGGAACGGAAUACUUUCACGUUGAUACAGGAUCCAGGAUUUUUGGCUCAACGACAGACCAACAGUGUCAGUGAUCUAAGAGCACAAAUUAUAUCGCAAGAACAAAUACGACAGGCGGCAAUAGUGCCGCGAUUCGAAAAGGUCAGAGAAGAAAGUGGAUGUCAAAAAGUGCACUUUCACGUGACCUAUUGGAUGUUCUAUCCAUUUAGCGAAGGAAAAACGAUUUGCGUAUUGGAUCUUGGAUUUUUUGGCAGCUGGCCGAUACCUACUAUUGGUGGCGUGUGCAUAGGUACACUUAAAGAAUAUGGUAGUCACAUCGGAGAUUGGGAACAUAUGAGUCUUUAUUUCAAGGACAACGAAUAUCCUCUAGCAAUGUAUGUAUCGGCACACGAUGUCGGUGCAUUUUAUCAGUAUGAUCCGCGAAAUGGUACUUUCGUCUAUGAGAGUCAAGAAACGAGAAAGGGUCUCUUCCAGAAGCCAACAUUUCCUGAAAAGGUUUAUACCGCUGGUGAUUCACACCCGAUUUUAUUUAGCGCACGCGGCUCUCACGGGCUUUGGACAGCUCCGGGCAAGCACAAGUUCGUUCGUGUACCUCGUCUGUACGACGAGAGUGGAUUUGGAACUGCUUGGCCAACAUGGAAAAGAUUGGAGUUGCUCUUGGAAGAGGAUAAUGAGCCUUUACCAGGUUGGAUGACUUUUAAGGGCAAAUGGGGUAAUCCAAGCAGCAAUUGUCAUCCACUAGCAAGACUAGGUUUUAAUAUUUGCGAAUUUGUAGACGGCCCAACCGGAAUUCCUAUGAAAAAAUUCAAUUUUCGAUGUUAAGACCUACUAUCGCUAAAGUCGAUUAGGCAAAAAGACUGAGACGCGCCGUUUCGACUCGAAUUUUAAAAUGAUUGUGAUAUAUGGUAUACAGAAUGUCCCAUUUUAAUUGCCCUAGGCAAAUAUCUCAACAAAUAUAUAAAAUAUGAA